AUGGAAAUUGUAUUUCUUGCUCAACUGGUGACCAGGCCAGGUGUGGCGCAUGCUGUGGCUGGAGCUCCACGUUCAAGCCUCAACUCAAACGCGUCGCGUCGCAAGUAUCUUGACCCGGCAUCGGCACACUUUCACAUUCGCAACCACAACUCACAGCCCAAAAUGCCUCCCCGAAAGCGAAGUGCGCCUGCCGCCGAAGCUUCUGAAGAGUCUGCACCCAAGCGCCGCUCUCUACGACAAGCUGCUUCAAAAGAUCAACAAGAACCCGAACCACUACCUAAAACCAAAACAAACCCGCCGAAGAAGCCAGUCAAGGCGGCCGUUGAAAAGGAACAAGACAGCAAGCCGAAAUCAUCACCAAAACAACCCAAACCGAAAGCACCAGCAACGGCAAAGACAAAACAGGUGUCUAAAAAACAAGGCACUGAUACUCAAUCCAACAAUCGCGCCACUUCCGAGGAUCCUACCAUAGACUCAAUCCCUACAACGAACCCCGAUGCCCCAAAGCAUGAUGGGCAGUGGUUCUGGCUUUUGAAAGCCGAGCCGGAAACUCGGAUCGAGAACGGCGUUGAUGUCAAGUUUUCCAUUGAUGACUUGAAGAACAAGACAGAGCCAGAAGGCUGGGAUGGUAUCCGGGCGUACGCAGCACGAAACAAUAUGAGGAAUAUGAAUGCUGGUGAUUUGGCCUUCUUCUACGCAAGCAACUGCAAAGAGCCCGGCAUCGUGGGUGUGAUGGAAAUUGUAAAAGAGUUCUCCGAAGACCGAUCUGCUCGCCGCCCAGGUGCUCCAUACUACGACCCCAAAUCAACCAAGGAGAAGCCCAUCUGGGAUCUUGUCCAUGUAGAGUUCAGAAAGAAGUUCGCUGUGCCUAUUGGUCUGAAAGAGCUUCGGGAGCUUGGAAAGGCAGGAGGUCCUCUUGAAAUGAUGCAGCUCCUCAAGCAAUCCAGACUCAGUGUCAGCAAGGUCAGCAGUGAUGAGUGGGAAUUUCUCUGCAAUCUUGCAGAUGAGAAAGCUUCAGAUGCAGGCCUGGAGCACGAAGAGUCUGGGAAGUGA